AAAGGAAAAUUGACUGAUAUCCUUGCUCCCGAGGCGCAACUUUGCGCGCGAGCUGCGGGAGGUCAUAAUGCCGGUCACUCCAUUGUCUUCAAUAGUGCCAAUGGCGUGUCGUACAGCUUCCACCUGCUUCCUUCCGGCCUGGUCAACCCCAAUUGUCGAAACUUUAUUGGUUCUUCCGUGGUGGCUCACAUUCCUUCUUUCUUCAAGGAACUAGAAGAGCUCGAGCGAAAAGGACUUUCCAACGUCCACGAUCGAAUCUUCAUCAGCGACAGAGUCCACAUCGAUCUGGACCUCCACGUUGCCGUUGACGGCUUGGAAGAAGUUGAACUUGGAGACCGCAAGGUUGGAACGACAGGCCGCGGAAUUGGUCCUGCUUACAGCACGAAAGCGGCGCGAAGCGGUAUCAGACUCGCGGAGGUCUUCAAUGAGGAACUUUUUGAGUCGAAGCUCCGACGACUUGCAUCAGGCUACAAGAAGCGAUAUGGCGAUCUGCUCAAGUACGAUGUUGAGGAAGAAAUCGCCCGAUUCAAGACGUAUCGACCCAACCUUCGCAAAUAUACUGUCGACGCCAUUGCCUUUAUGAAGGAUGCACAGGAGAAGAAUACCAAGAUCCUUUGCGAAGGAGCAAAUGCUCUUAUGCUGGAUCUUGAUUGGGGUUCAUACCCAUACGUGACCAGCAGUUCUACCGGCAUCGGUGGCAUGGUAACUGGUCUUGCUCUUGAUAUCAGGAAGAUUGGUGAGGUUAUUGGCGUAGUCAAGGCCUACACCACUCGUGUGGGCUCUGGAGCAUUCAAGACUGAGGAUCUCGGAGAGAUCGGCCAAAAGCUUCAGGAACGGGGUCGAGAAUGGGGUACUUCAACUGGCCGAACACGGCGCUGCGGAUGUCUUGUAGAUCUCGUCGUCGUCAAAUACACCACGGACGUCAACCACUAUACGGCGCUGAAUCUCACAAAACUUGAUGUCUUGGACACUUUCCCGACAAUCAAGAUCGCCAUUGCGUACAUAGACCCUGUGACUGGCGAGAAACUCGACUCGUAUCCCGCAUCAUUGGAUGUUCUCGACCGUGCUGAGGUCGUCUAUCACGAGAUGCCUGGCUGGAACCAGUCGACUACCAACGUGAAGACCUUUGAAGAGCUUCCCCAGGCGGCCCAAGACUACAUCUUGUACAUUGAGGAAUUCGUUGGAGUCAAGAUCAAGUGGGUUGGCACCGGCCCAGACCGCGAUGCUAUGAUCACCCGAUUUUAA